AUGUCCUUCGAUUAUCUCUCUCGUCCGAACGAAGUACCUGCUCACUCCCAUGGCUCAAACUUUGAUAAAGAUGCUCUGUCUCUUUCAACAAAACUGACGUGUAUCAAUGGCGAAAUGUCGCGGAUCUUAUCGCUGCAGGAACAGGUUGGCGGGCGCAGAGAUAGCGCAGAGUUGAGAGAGAUAAUACAGCGUAUGCUGGGGGAAACGGGGAAGAAGUUUGAGCGGACAGAGGUGGAUGUGAAGUUGAUACGACGAUGGGAGCGAUGUGAGCUUUCUCCUACACAACAAUACACCGCUGAAAAACUCUCGGACACAUUCUCAAAGCUCUUUACCCGUUUUCAGUCCCUCCAGCGAGUAUUGGCCGAAAAUGCCACACGGCCCCUUCCAACUGUCCCCUCAGUCUUUAGUUCUAGUGAGGCGCCAGUCACUAUAGGACCUCAGCUACCUCCAUGCGAGUCGGCCCUGGCCGAUCAAACAGAGGUUGAACUCCAGGAAGCGAUAAUUUUGCAAAGAGACCAAGAGAUACUAUCGCUACGGCAGGGGGUAGAAGACAUCAAUAAUAUGCUCAAGGCCUUGGCAGCUAUUAUAGGCAAGCAGAGAGAUUAUUUAGUGACCAUUGAGGACAACGUUGACGGGGCAGCGAGGGAUAUUAGAGAAGCAGACAGCGAACUACAGCACGCUAUCAAGCUGCAUAAACGGGCUAGGAACAGAGCAUGCUGUCUACUUCUGGUCUGCACCAUUGUGUUUGCAAUUGUAUUACUUGCGGUUUGGACCUCAGCCAGUAUCCCCUUACCAUCUCCGAAUUAG